AUGGGUUAUAUUCAGUAUGGUAGACACGGUCUUAGGAAUAUAUUUAGGUUUACAAAUGCAAGCAAUGUGUUCAGAAAAUCCAUGAGACAACCUUUGGAGUGUGCAGGCACUAGUACUACGUUACCCUUAUGUUCCCGUGUUCACGGCAAGUGUCUCUAUUCCACUUCUUCUGAUGCCAGAAUAGUGCAGGACCUUCUUGCUCAAGUGGAGAGGGAUAGGCUGAGAGAGAAAAAUGAUAGAAAAAGAGCUGGUUUAGACACUGCCGACAUUGAUGCUGAGUCGGAGGAGGAUUACAUGGGUGUAUCCUCCAUGAUUGAAAAGCUUGAAAAGGGGAAGCUCAAGGAAACCACUGAGUUGAACCGAUUCGAAGAACAAACUGAUUCUGAUAGUGAUGACGAAGACGUUGAUGCUUAUCAGAAGAAGUUUGAAGAUUUUGAAAAGAAGUUCAAGAGACAUGAAGAAAUGAUUCAGAGUUUUGCCGAUGCUGAUACGCUUGAUGAUGCUUUUAAAUGGAUGCAAAAAAUUGAUAAGUUUGAGGAAAAACAUUUUAAGCUUCGUUCUGAAUAUAGGGUUAUUGGGGAACUCAUGAAUCGCCUUAAAGUUGUAACUGAGCAAAAGGAUAGAUUCAUUCUGCAGCAGAAGCUUAACAGGGCUUUGAGAUUGGUGCAAUGGAAGGAAGCUUACGAUCCAGAUAACCCUGCCAAUUACGGUCUUAUUCAACAUGAACAGGUGGGGCCUAACGUCGAUACCUUGCAACAAUCUGGAUUUGAAAAGGAGAAUAAACCUGCACAAGGAGAUGAAGAUGCUGCAGCUGCUGACAGCGACGAUGAAGAAGAGUUUGAUGACAUGAAAGAAAAAGACAACAUAAUACUGGCCAAACUUGAUGUUAUUGACAAGAAACUCGAGGAGAAGCUAGCUGAACUCGAGUAUACGUUUGGAAGGAAGGGUAAAGCUCUCGAGGAAGAAAUUAGAGAUCUUGCAGAGGAGAGAAACGAGUUAACUGAGAAGAAAAGAAGACCUCUUUUCCGGAAGGGUUUUGAUGUAAAAUUGAUAGAUGUGAACCGAACUUGUAAAGUCACAAAGGGAGGACAAGUUGUCAAGUACACGGCUAUGUUAGCAUGUGGCAACUAUAACGGUGUUGUUGGUUUUGCAAAAGCCAAAGGCCCUGCAGUUCCAGUUGCCCUCCAAAAGGCAUAUGAGAAGUGCUUUCAGAAUUUGCAUUAUGUAGAGCGACAUGAGGAGCACACAAUUGCACAUGCAAUACAAACAUCUUAUAAAAAGACCAAGGUGUAUCUCUGGCCUGCAUCCACUGCAACUGGCAUGAAAGCUGGUAGAAUAGUCCAAACCAUACUGCAUUUAGGUGGUUUUAAGAAUGUCAAGUCAAAGGUUGUUGGUUCCAGAAAUCCUCAUAAUACAGUUAAGGCUGUCUUCAAAGCACUUAAUGCGAUUGAAACACCAAGGGAUGUUCAAGAGAAGUUUGGCCGAACUGUGGUUGAGAAGUAUUUAUUGUGA